AUGCCGGAAUCCAAGCAGGACACCCUCCCUGACAUGCUGAAGCUGAUGACAGACGUCGAGAUCAAGAAUGACGUCCAAGUCAUGUUAGGGACAGACGGUUCAGCAUUGUACACAUGGGGUGACGUGGACACCUACAUGAAGAAGAACGCCACCUCCUUGGAUCCUGACCUCGUUAGAAGCGUCAUGCAGAAAUUGCGUGACGCAUACAAGAUGAAGAAGUUCAAUGAGGAGCUAACGAGAGCCCUGGAAGCGGUCCAGAUCGGCACGAUUGCUGGCGGUGAAACGGACAACACUGACGACGACGACAAUGACACUGAUGACACUGAUAACAAAAUCCUCACCCCUCUCAGCCGCAAUACCGAUGUCGAGAAGGCAGGAAGGGAUGAAAAUCCAAUGGACCAUGGUCUUCGAGCCACCACCGUCGGCCAAGAGUAA